AUGGAACAUACAACAAAAUCAACCAACAUCAAUAAUAAAUCAAUAAUGAAAUUAGGAUAUAAUGAAAUAAUGAUAGUAUCAAUGUAUUUUGAUGAUAUUGAAGAUUUUAUUAAUUUAGAAAUAGGAAUUAAAAGAUUUCAAGGAAAUAUGGAACGAUUUCAUUUUAAUCCAAUUCCAUUAAAUGAUUAUUCAAGAAAACUCUUUCCUAAUAUUGAAACAUUUCAUAUUUAUAAUAGAAGUGAUGAAGAAUUUAAUGAUGGAAAAAUCAUUAAAAAAGUGAUGUGGUGUACAGUAGAUUAUUCAACAUAUUUACAAGAGAAAGAAGAAUGGAAUGAAUGUAAAAGUAUUAUAUACACAAAACAUGAAAGAGAGAAGUAUGGGAAUACAAUACCACCAGAAGUUACAUCACUUGGAAGUAGAUGUUUUGAAGGGUGUUAUUCAUUAACAUCAAUUAAUAUACCAACAACAAUCAGUAAAAUAGGAGAUGAUUGUUUUAGAUGGUGUUCAUCAUUACAAACAAUCAAAAUACCAUCAACUGUAAGUGAGAUAGGAAAUGGAUGUUUUUCAGGAUGUUCAACAUUAACAUCAAUUAAUAUUGAAACUAUGCAAUUCAUUAGUCAAGAAAGAAUAUUUAUUAAUGAACCAGUGUUAGUUAGUUUUAGUAUACCAAAAAACCUACAAAUAAUCAAUGAAGAGAACAUUGAAAAGAAGGACAUUAACGAAUUUAUUGUUCCAGCUACAAUCACUAAAUUAGGAAAUUGGUGUUUUAAUUCUUGUUCGUCAUUAACAUCAGUUAAUAUACAGUCGUCAGUUAGUGAAUUAGGAAAUGGUUGUUUUUAUAAUUGCACAUCACUAAAAUCAAUUAACAUACCAUCUACAAUCAAGGAGUUUGGGUAUUGGUGUUUUAAUAAAUGUUCAUCAUUAACAUCAAUUAAUAUUCCAUCAUCAGUUACAUCAAUUGGGAACACACAAUUUGAUAGAUGUUCUUCGUUAAGAAAUCUUGAAAUAGAUAAUCUACAAUUUGUUAGUGAAGAAAGGAUAUUUAUGAAUGAACCAGUGUUGGUUAGUAUUAAAACGCCAGAUAAUAUAGAAAUGAUAAAUGGAAAAAGUGUUGAAAAGAGGGACGUUAAUGAAUUUAUUAUUCCAACUCAAGUUAAUGAAUUAGGAAAGUGGUGUUUUUAUGGAUGCAUGUUAUUAACAUCAAUUAAUAUUCCAUCAUCAAUUAGUAAAUUAGGGGAUCGCUGUUUUUAUGAAUGCUUUGCAUUAACAUCUAUUAAUAUACCAUCAUCAAUUACAUCAUUUGGUGGAUAUUGUUUCUAUAACUGUGGAUGUGAAGAAGAGUUAAAGAAGAAUAAAGCAAUACCAAGAAUUUGUUUUAAUAGGUGA